AUGGGGGUCGGGAGACCUGCGUGCUCGAAGAGGGAAGUGCUGGGGGACCAGAUCCUCGUAGGAGGAGGGGGCUGGAGGCCUGGGUUUCCGAAAGAGGGUCCCUACGGGUGGAAUCUAUUCUUGGAGGAGGAAGGGCCUGGAGGUCCGGAUUCUUAUGUUCUCAAAGGAGAGGAGCUGAGGACCAUGUCGCCAGAGGAGUGGACAUAUCUAGUGGUUCUGCUUAUCUCCAUCCCCAUCGGCUUCCUCUUUAAGAAAGCUGGACCUGGGCUGAAGAGAUGGGGGGCGGCCGCCGUGGGCCUGGGGCUCACCUUGUUCACCUGUGGCCCCCACACUUUGCACUCUCUGAUCACCAUCCUUGGGACCUGGGCCCUCAUUCAGGCCCAGCCCUGCUCCUGCCACGCCCUGGCCCUGGCCUGGACCUUCUCCUACCUCCUGUUCUUCCGCGCGCUCAGCCUGCUGGGCCUGCCCACUCCCACGCCCUUCACCAACGCCGUGCAGCUGCUGCUGACACUGAAGGUCUCCCCCUGGGGGAAGAGGUACCUUGAAUACUGCAUGCCUGAGAGGCCGGAGGCGGAGCUAAGACCUGGGCUGAAGAGAUGGGGGGCGGCCGCCGUGGGCCUGGGGCUCACCUUGUUCACCUGUGGCCCCCACACUUUGCACUCUCUGAUCACCAUCCUUGGGACCUGGGCCCUCAUUCAGGCCCAGCCCUGCUCCUGCCACGCCCUGGCCCUGGCCUGGACCUUCUCCUACCUCCUGUUCUUCCGCGCGCUCAGCCUGCUGGGCCUGCCCACUCCCACGCCCUUCACCAACGCCGUGCAGCUGCUGCUGACACUGAAGGUCAGACUCCCCUCCACCCUCCCGGCAGGCCCGACGCUGUCCUCGGUGCUGAAUGAACUGCCCAGCGCUGCUACCCUUCGGUACCGAGGCCCGGGGGUGCUGCCCUGGGGCGCGCUGGAGGAGGACGAGGAUGAAGAGAGGAACAUCCAGGCCUUCGCAGAAGCCGCAGAGAAGGAGCUGCAGGACCCUGGCCCUUCCCGGGAGCUGCCCUGGCCCAUGCAGGCCCGACGGGCACACAGGCAGCGCCACGCCAGGGACCAAAUGGCUCAGGGGUCCGGGUCCAGGGUGGCCAACUGGGCCCUGCGGCUUCGGAGGUCCAAGGAGAAGAUGCGAGAAGGCUUGCACACCCUGGAGCCCUGGGGGUGGACUCUGAAGAGGAUCGGGGGCCAGUUUGGCGCGGGUACCGAGUCCUACUUCUUGCUGCUGCGCUUCCUGCUGUUUCUCAACGUGCUGGCCUCGGUGCUGAAGGUCUGCAUGACUCUGCUGGGCCGGGCCUGGGGGGGGCUUCUGGUGCUGGGUGUGGCCUCGGGGGGCGGGGCCAGGAGAUCUAAAUUGUCACCUGGAGCCCGGCAGGGAGGAGGGUGGCGGGUUGGGUUUGGAGCUCAGACUUCGGGGUGCGGAAGGAAGAGGCCGGGGAACCCCCUCCAGCGUGGGGGCUCCUCCGGGACCCCAGCCUCUCCUCGCGGCCCCCUUCCCUCCCAGAAGUUGCCCCUUGUCAGCCGGACGCGGCUGCUCCAGCUCGGGGUGGAUUACCUGCCGUCCAUCUUCAUCUCCGGGGUCAACUUGGUGCUGCCGCCCGUGUUCAAGCUCAUCACCCCGCAGGAGGGACCUGGCACUCGGCCCUGGCUGACCCCCCUCCUCUCCCCGGCCAGGACCGUGUUUCUCCGCCUGGCUUCCCUGCUGGUCCUGCUCUCCUCUCUCUGGAAUCAGAUCACGUGCGGGGGCAAUGCAGAGGCCGAAAAGUGCAAAGCCUGUGGCUACAAUUACAAAGAACUUCCGUGCUGGGAGACUCGGCUGGGGCAGGAGAUGUACAAACUCCUGAUCUUUGACCUGCUGACUGGCCUGGCCACAAUGCUGCUCAUCCAGUUCCCGCAGAAGCUGCUUUGUGGUCUGUGUCCCGGGCCGCUGGGUCGGCUGGGGACCCAGGAAUUCCAGGUGCCCGACGAGGUGCUGGGGCUCAUCUACGCGCAGACAGUGGUCUGGGUGGGGAGUUUUUUCUGCCCUCUACUGCCCCUGCUCAACACGGCCAAGUUCCUGCUGCUCUUCUACCUGAAGAAGCUCACCCUCUUCUCCACCUGCUCCCCGGCCUCCCGCACCUUCCGGGCCUCCACGGCGAACUUCUUCUUCCCCAUGGUCCUCCUCCUGGGACUGGCCAUCUCCGCCAUCCCUGUGCUUUACAGCAUCUUCCUGAUCCCGCCCUCUAAGCUGUGCGGUCCAUUCCGGGGGCAGCUGUUCAUCUGGGACCAGAUCCCGGAGUCGAUUUCCAGACUCCCUCAGAUCACGCAGGACUUCCUCUUCUUCCUGGGGACCCAAGCUUUUGCUGUGCCCCUUCUGCUGAUCUCCAGCAUCCUGAUGGCGUAUACCCUGGCCCUGGCCAACUCCUAUGGAGGCCUCAUCUCGGAGCUCAAACGGCAGGUAGAGAAGGAGGCGCGGAACAAGGUCUUCCUGGCACAGCGCGCCGUGGCGCUGAGCUCGGACCACGGGGCCCUUUGACCUCCCCAGCCUGGCUCAGACCCAGACCUGCCCCCAAACCUUUGUAAGCCUCGGCCACGUCAUCUGUAAAAUGAGAGAAUGGAGAGGACUGUUCUUCCUUCCCGUCCUGGGAUUCUGAGAUUUUCGGGGCCCUGGACACCCCCGACUGUCCAGGGAACCCCAUUCUUGUAUCAAUAAACACAGCGGAG